UUUAUAGAGCCCCUCAUGGUAAAGCAAACAUGUUUGGCACAGCAGUGCAUUCAGACCAUGAUUCUGCUUGCUAAAGGACAGGACAAAAAAAAAAAAAGUGAACAUGUCAUUUUCUUUCAGUGGGUGCAUCUCCUCUUUCAUAGCAUCCAUCCACUUAUUGGACUGAGCAGAAUUUACAGCUUCUGGAAAUGUCUGUGGUACAUUACUAAUUAACCUGUAACAAUAGUCGAUAUUGGUCAGUACCUGGUCAUCUAUGUCAUCUUCAAUCUCAUAGUCAUUCAAGUACCCUGGCUUCCUAUGCUCUCUGCUGGGGUAGCGUCUGUCAGAACUGUCUGUACGAGUGUGGCUGUCCUGAGUCGGUACAUGAUUCUCUUCAGUAACUUCUGGGAUGUCACUGGUCCCACGGAUCUGUCUAGUGUCGGGUCUCCUCCUCAUGUCAUCGUCACUACAGUCAUCACCAUUUAUUUGGUCAGUCUGUGUUCUGCUCUGCUGUACUCUUUUCAACAAAUUUAACAAGUCUGUGCUUCAGGAUUUUACCAGUAUCUGGAUAGUAUAUUAGGUAGGCGGGGCUAUGUUUGUCGUAUCCAACAAAAAUUCCCUUCUCACACCUAGAAUCUAAUUUCUUUUUGUCUUGUCUGUAUGCAAAACACACUGUUCCAAAUGUUUGUUUCCUAGAAAUGUUAGGUUUCUUUCCAGUCACCAUAAAGUACGGUGUUUGUUUAGUACGACUACAGUAACACCGGUUCUUGACUACUGCUGCUGUUUGUAUCACAUAUACAGUACCCACAUGUCUUUGGGCAAACUACUCUCAAUGAUCAUGCACCUAGCCAUAAUGAAAAGUGUUCUCCACUGGCAUUCUGCAGUGCCAUUCUGGUGUGGCGAAUAAGGUGCUGAUGUUUCAUGCCUAAUCCUAUUUCUGGUUAGUAGUGACCUAAAUUCUCUACUUGCAAACUCUGUACCAUUGUCAGAUCUUAUGCAUUUAAAUUUACCAUAAGGUGCCGUGUCUGUAAUAAACUUCUCCAAAGCUGCUGUAGUGUCACUUUUGUUUUUCAGAAAAUAUACAAAUAUUGCACUGGAAAAAUCAUCAGUAAAAAUCAUUGCAUACUCCAUUGGACCUGCUAAAUCUGUGUGCACUAGUCCUAGUGCUUCUCUAGGGUUUCUGUUUCUACUCUGAGUAAACUUUCCCUGAACACACAUUUCACAGUUAAGGGAAGACAUCAAUUUUACCUUUAAUAUUCAUGCCAUCAAUAACAUUUUUUAACUUAGAAAUGCUGUCAAAAUUACAGUGUCCAAGAACAUCGUGCUACUUCUGUACAUUCUGACAACUAUUACAAUUGUCAUCACUUUCAUCAUUAAUUGUGUUUAAGAAAUAAAGUCUGUUAUAUUCCUUAAUGUUAAAUUCAUUACCGUCUUUAAGCUUAAUUAUAUCUUUUCCCUUCUGGAAGAUCACUUUGGCGCCACUUGCUGUUGCUGCUUUCACAGAAAAGAUGUCCUGUGGAUAUGAGGGAAUGUACAACACGUUUCUCAGCGUCGCUGUACAAUAUUGUCCUCUGCUGUCGACCAGCUUUACCACUGCGUCACCUCUCUGUUGUGCUACUCAUUUGGUUCUGGUUCCGUCCGCUAACUCCAUGGUGUAUUUAUCCGGUUGGAAAUCACUGUCAAACUUUCGAAACUUCUUAAUGUCGGUAAUGAUGUCACCCAUCAGGCCCUUCAGCUUCACUCUCGGUUGGGCCUUAUUUUCACUCAUCUUGAAAACGAAACUAUAUUCGGUGUCCUUCUCAGCCAUCUGCUUCUCGUUAUCUUUAUCACGCUCCUCCCAUGGUUUUGCUGGGCUGCUCUCCGUCUCUGUAUGUAGUCAGUAUAAAGUCCGACAGCCAGGUCUUGGUGAAACACAGGGCAGAAUCUUGGCAAAGUCUUUCUUUGUCUGGGUUAACAGAAGAAGCACUUCUGUUUUAUUUUGUAGCAAGCACACAUUGGAGAGACAAAGAGAUGGUAGCAGAGUCCAGAAACCUCCGUGCCCGGCCUCUCCUUCACCUUCGGAUUAACUUAAGCAAAGAUAGGGCAACCACUGUGAGGAUCUCCAUGAAGUUCGAGGGUUCAGUAAGAAAUUCAAGGAUGAAAAAAUGCAGCUUAUAAUCACUGAAGGAAGAUGUUUGUCCUAUUCAAGAGGUCACUGUUUUUCCUGAUUCCAUUUUUUAUUAUUCAUUAGGUGAUCCUGUAUUUAAUAAGGAACCCAGCCUCUACAAAGUGGACAGUGCCAAAGCCAAUGUCUCGCCAUCUGACCCCGUACCCCGUGUUCCCUCACAGAAGAUGCAUACAGCUGCUAAAUACCACACACUCCGUGGUCCAUUUCCCUACAAGCCAGCCGUCUUCCACCAUUAAACAUGUGCUAAAUUGCACUGAAGAAUGGGAUUUCCUGUUAGAGAUGCUCAAGUGGCCUUCACCCACCAUAGAAAACCCCACCCCCACUGAAGCCACAGACCCACGCAAAUGCACCUUUACUGUGCUUAAUUGGAAGGAUAACUACAUUGUAGGGGACUUUGUAAAUGUAUCAGUGGUCGCAAGAAAUGGCAGAGGAGUUCCUAAAACAUAUGGAGGGGACUUCUUCCAAGCCAAGUUAUACAACACAGAGCUCAAAGCUAGUACAUUUGGUCUUGUGGUAGACCAUGACAAUGGGACCUACUCAGUCAGCUUUGCACUCCUUUGGCCCAGCCCUGCCCACGUUUCUAUCCGGCUGAUUCACUCCAGCGAAGCUGUUCAGGUAUUGAACCGGCAUAGAGAGCGGGAUCCGGACAAGGUCUUCUUCACUGGAUACUUUGAGGAUGGGGAUAUAAAGGAGAAUGUGGUGUGCAAUGCCAUGAAGAGCCCACGGCUGGUGGGGGAUGGAAGCCGCUGCUGCUGUGAACACCGUGACCCUCGCAGUGGGGAGGUCUGGUUCUGCCGCCGACCCACCUCUCUGCCCUGCAGUGCUCUGGUGUACCACAGCAUGGGGGGGUACCAAGCCCAACUGUCCACAAAAGAGUCCAAGAUCCUAGACAGGGGUAAUACAAACAUUGUCCUUCCAGGAAGCAGCUCAGUCAUCAACGUCUUUGCUCAACAUACUGAUAUUCGCGAGCACAAAAAAUGUGCCCCAAGUCUGGAUACACCAGUACCAUCAGGGUUCUUCUUCAAAGAUCGCUGGACAUCACUGGUGUGUCACACAAAGAUGUUCUCUAGCUCAGAUGUGAUUCGCUGCCUCACAGGCAAGCAGAUACACAUGAUGGGAGACUCCACCCUGCGGCAGUGGUUUGAGUAUUUGGAGAAAGCUGUGCCCACCUUGAAGCCUCUGAACCUUCACGCCUCUGGAAAGUCAGGCCCUCUGAUGAUAGUGGACACUGCGUCAGGCACUCUCAUCACCUGGCGCGCACAUGGGCUGCCUCUGCGCACCGACAAGACCCCCAUGGCUGAUCUGCACUACAUCGCUAAUGAGAUUGACAACCUGGCUGGAGGGGAGCACAUGGUCAUCGCAUUUGACGCUUGGGCGCACUUCACCACAUACCCUCUGGCCUAUUACGUGAACCGUCUGGCCAUCAUCCGCAGGUCAGUGGUGUCUCUGCUGCAGAGGGCUCCUCGCACCCUGGUCAUCAUCAAGUCGGCCAACACGGGCUAUAAGGACAUCUAUGGCAGUGACUGGCUCUCCUGGCAGCUGGACUGUGCUCUCAGGGCCAUGUUCCAGGGGCUGGCUGUUGUCCUGAUAGACACCUGGCAGAUGACAUCCUGCCACUACUCCCCCGAUAACAUUCAUCCACCUUCCAUAGUUAUCGAGAACGAGGUAAACCUCUUCCUGUCUUUCAUCUGCCCUCAAUGAGCCACAGCAGGGGGACAUCUCCUAUCUUCCUUCCUCUACCAAAGUGAAACAUCUAGGACGAUGAGACAUGAACCCAUACAAAAGGACAAAUACAAGAAGCAAGAACCAGAAUGGAGGAACUAAAUUUACUAACAAAUUUUGUGUCAUGUGGAGCUUUGUGAAGCUACGGGACUCCAAGACUCAUCACAAAAUGCUGCAGUCAACCUGUUUGCAAAAAUAGGAAAGUUUGAUAGGUAUCAGGACUUUCAGGUUGGGUUGCAGGUCAGGAAGGAUGUCCAUAAUCUCUGCAUAAAUGUAACCCUUAGUCCCCCUGGUCGGCUGGAUAGGUCUUGAGAUGCAGGAGUUAAGUGUCCUUACAUUAUUGUCUAGCAAGUGGUGGCUGCAAAUUGAGUCCCACCAAGCAGUGUCACAGCAGCACCUCUAAGACCCACAGCUUAUGGACAGAUGGACUAUACUUGAUACAGCACCUCAGACAGCACCCCUCCACACAGACACAUAUGUUGGCGUUCCUAUAUAAAUGGGGACCUUCCAUUUAUUUCUAUGGGGAAAACCCUAAUCCCAAUCAUGACACCCUUAACCAUAAGUAACCAAACAAAAUACAAGCCUU